CGAAUAAGCAAAGAGGAUUUGUAUGUACUCCUUGCACUUUUUAUGGAAGACUUUCCACUCAAAACGGAAGACGAGCAAGGGCAAGACAAAAAAUACAGGAAGGUCGGAGCCGCACUUGUAUUGCCGAAUGACAAAAUUUUUGCUAUUGACUAUACUCAUAACGGUGUGCAUGGGGUGGCUCGGUUGUUGAUGGAACAUCAAGACGUGGUAGAGGACUGUAAAAUCUUUGUAUCAAGAAAGCCGUGUUCUUUGUGCACCAAGCUUUUGGUCCAGUCUAAAGUGAAGGAGAUUUUCUACUUGCCGAUGGAACCCGAGUACCUUGGAGAUGAGCAAUUGAUGGUUGACGAACUAUUUAGAGUGAGCGCAAUCAGUCAGAAGGUGUUUGUACCAGGAGCAGGAUUAAAAGAAGUGGUCAAGAUCAAACAAGAAUACGACAUCCCGACUGAACAGCAGCAAGACAAGGAUACACUACUGACGAAAUACUGGAAAGAAGACUGGUUUAAUGACGUCAAAGACAAACUUCCGUGGCCAAGCUUUGACACAGAAAUGAAAAAGCAGACCAAAGACGACUUCGACGGCAUAAUGGCUUGGGCGGCUAAGAUUGCAUUGAUCGCCGGAUCGACGAAAAUACUGAGCAUGCAAAUUUGAGAGGUAUGAUCCUAAACAGAAAGAGAAGACAACCGACAGCAAGCAAACCCUGAACGGAGACGAAAGUAAAACAUUUGAUCGGAAUCAGGAACAAGAAAGUAAGCAAGCCGUGGGACGAGACAAAGGAGACGAAACUGAACCAUUUGAUCCUCAAAAAUAUGAAACCGACAGGAAGCAAGCCGCCGUAUUUGCAACAUUAGCAAGAUUUCUAGCCGAGCGGACCGAUGACCCGAAAACAGGCGUGGGCGCAGUUAUCGUUGACAAAAACAGGAAAGUUGUAGGCCUCGGAUGGAAUGGAUUUCCCACCAAAGCGGUCUAUGGUCAGUUCCCCAGAGCCUCAGAUAAAAAUAAGUCAGUGCCGGGUAAAAAAUAUCCAUACAUCAUACAUGCAGAGCAGAACGCACUACUAAUGCGGAACACCAAGUCCAUAACAGGUGGAAUUCUGUUUGUGACGAAGACCCCCUGUCACGAAUGUACACCGCUUCUUGAGAUGCAAGGCAUCAAAACGGUCGUCUUGGGAACAAAGCGG